CGCCUCCCGCUCUGAUCGACGCAUCCUCCGCCCCUCCCCCUCGGUUCCUACUCCGCGCAAGCGCACACACAGAGGUUGGUAGGUGGUGUGCUGGUAGAGGCAAGAAGCAGAGGCAGAUCUGUGGUGCGGGUAUACGGCGGGCAGAGAUGAGGGGCGAAGCCAACGGAGGGGACCGGCGGCUGCGGGGCGAGGAGGAGGAGGAGCAGCCACAGCAGCAAGAGCAGGCGGCCAGGCCUUCCUCGGGGCGGCAGCAGCAGCCGGAGGCGGUGGCGCCGAGGAACGUCGGGUACGUCGGGAAGCACCGCCUCUCCGCCGCCAUCCAGCGCCUCGACCAGGAGCUGCAGUCACUCCAGGAUGAACUGGAUGAGCUUGAAACCAUGGAAUCUGCAUCUGCGGCAUGCAAGGAGGUGAUCACAAGUACUGAAGGAAAACCUGACCCACUUCUUCCAAUCACAAGUAGCCCAGAGGACUCCUCAUGGGACAGAUGGUUUCAGCGUGUGCGAAGCUCUCGCAGCAACAAAUGGUGGCAAUCCAAAGGCUCUGAUUUUGCCUAACUUUCAUGGAGCCAAGACAAAGCUGUGUGCAGAUUAAAUCGCCCCAAACUGUGCAGUCCAUCGAUGGCACUUGCAAGUUGCAACAGGACAUGGCCUGGUUUUCGUCAGCAUUGUUGUGUAUGUAAGCCCUAACAAGAACAUGAAUGAAGCUGUAACCUCCUGAUCAGCAUUGAUUGUUGUUCAGAAAAUAGUCCUGGAAAUCAUCAUCACGGCUAGCUAUGUUUGAUUCUUGCUGUCUUGUAAAAAUUGAAACAACCUUGUUGACCUUGGAGCAAAACUUGCUACACGGCAUCGAUUUUUUGUCGCAAAGUUCGCGUGGAUUUCAUGUGAUGUGGCGAGAAAAAUGAAUCUAUUUACUCAUA